GGGGGUCUCCUUGAGGUCAGCAGUGUGAAGAUGAGCAGCAUCCUCUUAGCAUGACGACCUUGGACCAUGUCAUCGCUACCCACCAGUCAGAGUGGGUCUCCUUCAGUGAGGAGCCGCUGUUCCCCGCCCCUUCAGAAGGGGUCACUGAAGAACACUUCCCAGGAUCGUCAUCUUCCUCAGACCCAUCUGAGAGCUCCUCUGGGGAGAAUCCUGCUGUGGAUGGAGGCUGCCAGGACCUUUCCCACUCCGAGCAGGAUGACUCCUCUGAAAAGAUGGGCCUCAUCUCCGAAUCGACCACCCCUCCCGGGAGCCCAGUGCAACCCACACCUGACUUGGCCUCAGCCAUCAGCAACUGGGUCCAGUUUGAAGAUGACACAUCCUGGGGCAACUCGUCACCACCUCAUAAGGAAACAGCCCUCACAUUGACCAUGCCUUGCUGGACAUGCCCUUCCUUCGAUGCUCUGAGAAGAUGCCCGUUGACCUCUGAGAGCAGUUGGACCACCCACUCUGAGGACACCAGCAGUCCCAGCGUUGCUCCUUCAUACACGGACCUUAUCAAUGCUGAGGGGCAGGCAAGCGGCAGAGUUUCCAGGGCUGACUCCACUGACAAUUCCUCUUCCCUCCAGGAAGAUGAAGACGUAGAGAUGGAGGCUAUCAGUUGGCGGGCUGGCAGUCCAGCCAUGAAUGGACACCCCACUGUUCCACCAGUGACCACUGCUCGUUUCCCCAGCUGGGUCACUUUUGAUGACAAUGAAGUCAGCUGCCCUCUGCCACCACCAGUCACCUCUCCCAUAAAGCCCAAUAUGCCAUCUGUUCCAACUGCGGUCCCAGAUGUACCCUACAACUCGACUGGGUCAUUUAAGAGGGACCGUCCCAAGAGCACACUGAUGAACUUCUCCAAAGUUCAGAAGCUGGACAUCUCCCCCUUAAACCGUCCACCUUCUGUAAUCGAGGCACCGCCCUGGAGGGCCACCAAUCCCUUCCUGAAUGAGACCCUCCAGGAUGUACAACCCUCCCCUAUCAACCCGUUCAGUGCUUUCUUUGAGGAGCAGGAACGGCACUCCCAAAACAGUUCAGUUUCCAGCACCACAGGCAAAAGCCAAAGAGAUUCUCUCAUCGUCAUCUACCAGGACGCCAUCAGUUUUGAUGACUCAGGCAAAAGCCAGCCCCACCCUGAUGCUAUUGAGAAGCUCAAACAACUCCAAAUUGACGAUCCUGAUCAGGUUGGCAGUACCACCCUGCCUGAUGAUGACCCCAUAGCGUGGGUUGAACUAGAUGCUCACUCUCCUGCCUCAGCUCUCUCUCAGCCCAGGGAUGGAUGGCCAAUGAUGCUGAGAAUCCCCGAGAAGAAAAACAUCAUGUCCUCUAGGCACUGGGGGCCAAUCUACAUCAAACUGACAGACGGCGGUUGCCUGCAGCUGUACUACGAGCAAGGGCUAGAAAAACCAUUCCGUGAAUUCAAGCUGGAGAUCUGCCACGAGGUUUCAGAACCCCGGCUCCAAAACUACGACGAGAACGGGAGGAUCCACAGCUUGAGGAUAGACCGCGUCACUUACAAGGAGAAGAAGAAAUACCAGCCCAAACCGGCUGUGGCCCACACAGCAGAGAGGGAGCAGGUGAUUAAACUGGGCACCACCAGCUACGAUGACUUCCUGAGCUUCAUCCACGCGGUUCAGGACUGUCUCAUGGAUUUACCCGUGCUGUCCAUGGACUUGAGCACGGUUGGCUUAAACUACCUCGAAGAGGAGAUCACAGUGGAUGUGAGAGACGAAUUCUCUGGCACAGUAAGCAAAGGAGACAACCAGAUCCUCCAGCACCGCGUCUUGACGCGAAUCCACAUCCUGAGUUUCCUCUCUGGGCUCGCCGAGUGCCGCCUGGGCCUCAAUGACAUCCUUAUCAAAGGCAACGAAAUCGUUUCUCGUCAGGACAUCAUGCCCACCACCACCACCAAGUGGGUGAAACUCCACGAGUGUCGCUUCCAUGGGUGUGUGGAUGAGGACGUUUUUAACAGUUCCCGGGUUAUUCUGUUCAACCCUUUGGACGCGUGCCGGUUUGAGCUAAUGAGGUUUAGGACAGUGUUUGCUGAGAAGACCUUGCCCUUCACACUCAGGACGGCGGCGAGCAUUAAUGGGGCAGAGGUGGAGAUGCAGAGCUGGCUGAGGAUGUCUCCUGGCUUCUCUUCUAACCGGGACCCUCUCACUCAGGUUCCCUGUGAGAAUGUGAUGGUCCGCUACCCAGUGCCCAGUGAGUGGGUGAAAAACUUCCGCAGGGAAAGUGUUCUAGGGGAGAAGUCUUUGAAAGCCAAAGUGAACCGGGGGGCAAGUUUUGGCUCGGCUGGUGCCUCUGGCUCUGAGCCUGUCAUGAGAGUAACUCUGGGAACUGCCAAGUAUGAGCAUGCCUUCAACGCCAUUGUGUGGAGGAUAAACCGGCUGCCAGACAAGAACUCAGCUUCUGGGCACCCACACUGUUUCUUUUGCCACCUUGAACUUGGCUCUGACCGGGAAGUGCCUUCCAGAUUUGCCAGUUACGUAAACGUCGAGUUCAGCAUGCCCACGACGUCUGCCUCCAAAGCAGCUGUGAGAUCCAUCUCUGUGGAAGACAAGCCUGGUGUCAGGAAGUGGGUCAAUUACUCUGCACACUACAGCUACAAGGUGGAAAUUGAACGAAAAAAGAGUUUGAAGCCAGACUUUGAGGGAGAAGAGCUGGACAACCCAGAGGAAUGUGGGGUACAGUGACAGUGGCCUGUGUAAGGACCUGAGGAAUGCUGAGUCAGGAUCGGGUGUCCU